GUGUCGACCCUUGACCCCGCGCGUCUCCUUCCGCCUGUGUGCGUGUCGCGCGCUCACAGAGCGAGCGGCGGUGACCGCGCAGAGACACCGCGAUGUCGUCUACUGCUGCCGCUACUGCUGCAGCUGCCGCUGCUGCCGCUGCCCCCCCCGGGGGGUCGCGGCGCGAGCGGCUGACGCUGCGCGACAAGCUGGAGGGGCGCGAGCUCGACCUGAGCCUCUGCGGCCUCGCCGAGGCGCCCGUGCGCGAGCUGGCAGAGUUGCCGAAAGCUACGGUCCUGGACCUGUCUUGCAAUCUACUGACAUCAUUGCAGCCAGAGUUCAGCAAGCUGACGCAUCUGGUCAAGCUGGACCUGAGCAAGAACCAGCUGAGGGAGCUUCCCGCCGAGUUUGGGGAGCUGGUGUGGCUGCACCACCUCGACCUCUUUCAGAACAAGCUGCAGUCGCUGCCCACCAGCUUCGCUCGGCUCAAGAGUCUGAAAUGGUUGGAUCUGAAGGACAAUCCCCUCGAGCCAGCUCUUGCCAAGGUGACCACGGACUGCCUCGAUGAGAAGCAGUGCAAGCUGUGUGCAGUCCAGGUGGUGGAGUAUAUGAAGCAGGUGCAGGUGGAAGAGGAGAAGGCCCAGCAGCAACGUCUGGAGAAAGAGCGAUCUAAGCAGGCGCGCAAGGAGGCCGAGCUUCUGCGACAGGAGGAGGCCAAGAGGGAGCUGCGCAAGCAGCAGAAGGCGAUGGAGAAGGAGAAGAGGCGGCGCGAGUACGAGGCGGCGCAGGCUCGGCUCCGGCAGCGGAACGAGACCCCGGCUCCCAAACCCAGCGCGUCACCGCAUGACGCUGUGGUUGGCGAGCGGCGGCGGCGGCGCGCCAGUGCUGGUCGCUGGUCGUGCCGCAGGGUCCCGGCGCUGCUCUUCCUGCUUCUCGCGCUUGGAGGUCUGAUGGCGGGCCUCGUUCUCUACUGUCAGGGCCAAGGCCCAGCGUCGCCAGGUCCCUGCGAUCACGUCAACAGGGUCUACGCGGGAAUACUCAACGCGCUGCGGCAAAACUUAAUCUUCCAAUAUUUUCUGGAAAUGUGUCACGUGCAUGCGUAACGAUUUAUACCUUGCGGAAAAUAAAUAUUCCCGUGGAAUUGGAACGUGUUGAAGGUUUUCCAACAUGAGUAGAAUGACGCGUUUAAAUUGAUGUCUGCAAUAUGCUGCAUUGUUGAUAUUAAAUGAAUUAGUUUCAUCAUGCAAUUCAUAUGCUAGAGUAAUACUUUUGUUAUAUUUAUCUUGAGAGUAUAAAAUAAAAGGGCAGCCACAAUGUUUUUACUCUACGUGGUAGGUCUAACAAGCUAAGUCGUAAUUUUUUGCAAGCUAAUGCAUGCAAAUGUACCUUCCACACGCAUGCCAUGCACAGACUCGCACCCCAUGAAGCUCAAUGCUGCCAGAAUUGUCACUGCCCUGCCACUGGGGGUUUCUCUCUUGGCUCCGCACGUAGACGUGGUGACAGGCCACAGCAUUGUGGCAGAAUGUGCAGACGUGGUUGGUUUGGGCAGUCCAACGAUAUUACUCAACCCAGCGGUUUCAACAACUGCCAUUCGCCACCAAGUCGCGGUGACAUCACCAUGGUGCUUGUGCCAGGCUAUGUGCACUUUGAGGCCACGUGAAGUGUUGAAGGUUCGCUGGCAGGUUACGGGACAGAUCCAGGUGCCAUCGGUUGACUGAGACGACUGGCCUGAUGCACCAUCUGUGACCCCACCACAUUUCGAAUCAACAUCACACGUUUCAGAGUACUUGGCCGCUAUACAUUUCCACAAGCUAAUUUGUAGAGCUAUCAUUUGUGGCCAGGUUGAUUCUUAAAAAAGAUAAUAGCUGUGGGUCUCUGCCUAGUA